UUGCUGGUGUCCUGAUACCUCCUUGCAGGGUUAUUUUGCAGCAGGGACUGUGACCUUGAAGACAUGGGAGUCAGGAUGACUUUGAAUCUCUCUCUUCAGGGACUCUGUUUCCUCCUUAGCACCAUGGUGGCUGCUCAAAGAAACCCCAUCCCUCCAAGUUUCUGCUCCAUGGGUGUUGGCCAGAUGCUAGUGAAGAGUCUUGAUGACUGAGGUGCAGAUAGAAGUUUCGGUCCCAUGAAGUUACGGAGCUAAGGCUGAUGCAUGGGGGCCACCGCUGUGAGGGGAGAGUGGAAGUGAAAUACGAAGGAGAAUGGGGCACGGUGUAUGAUUACAAGUGGUAUGUGGAAGCUGCAGAUGUGGUGUGCAGACAGCUGGGAUGUGGACAUGCUGUUGAUGCCCCCAGACGGGCUCAUUUUGGAUCAGGGGAUGGGCCUAUUUGGCUUUUUCAGACUGUUUGUGAAGGGACAGAAUUAACCCUCAAUGACUGUCAUCAUUCUCCUAUUCAAGACUACCGUAAUCAACGCUUGUCCCAUAAUUGGGAUGCUGGAGUAGUCUGCUCAGGAUUUGUGCGUCUAGCUGGAGGGGAUGGACCCUGCUUAGGGCAGGUAGAAGUGCAUUCUGGAAAAGACUGGGUUCCGUUGUCCGAUGGGAACUUUACAUUACUCACCGCCCAGGUCAUCUGUGCAGAGCUAGGGUGUGGCAAAGCUGUUUCUUUCCUGGGGGAUGUGUCCUUCAGAGAGUCAGAUAGAGUUUGGCCUAAAGAAUUCCAGUGUAAAGGGCACGAACCUGAGCUCUGGUUUUGCCACAAUGAGCCCUGUCCAGGAGGUGCUUGCCACCGUGGGGCUGUUCAAAUUUUCUGUUCAGUGUACACAGAAGUCCGACUCAUGAAAAAUGGCAUCUCUCAGUGUGAGGGACAAGUGGAGAUGCAUAUUUCUGGACACUGGAAAAUGCUUUGCGCCUCACACUGGAAUAUGGCCAAUGCCAAUGUUGUUUGUCAACAGCUUGGCUGUGGAAUCGCUGUCUCUACUCCAGAAGGAGCAUACUUUGUGGAAGGAGGUGAUAAGAUUUGGGAAGCUCGGUUUCACUGCUCAGGGGCUGAGUCUUUUUUGUGGAAUUGCCCUGUGACUGCCCUGGGCAUUUCUGAUUGUACCCAUGGAAACACAGCCUCGGUGAUCUGUUCAGGAAACCAGACCCAGGUGCUGCCCCAGUGCAACGACUCUGUGUCUGAACCCGCAGGCUCUGCAGCCUCACAGGAGAUUGCUGCCACCUGCUCAGGUGAGGGGUCCCAGGGGACCAGAAAGCCCUUCUCCUUUCCCGUGAUAUGCUCCAGUGGCUUGAUUCUCUCCUCAGAUCGCAGACAGCUCCGCCUGGUGGAUGGCGGCGGUCCCUGCGCCGGCAGAGUGGAGAUCCUUCACCAGGGCUCCUGGGGCACCAUCUGUGAUGACAGCUGGGACCUGAGUGAUGCCCACGUGGUGUGCAGACAGCUGAGCUGCGGGGAAGCCCUCAAUGCCACGGUCUCUGCUCACUUCGGGGAGGGAUCAGACCCUAUCUGGCUGGACGACCUGAAGUGCACAGGAAAGGAGUCCCACAUUUGGAAGUGCCCUUCCCGGGGCUGGGGGAAGCACAACUGCAGACACAAGGAGGACGCAGGGGUCAUCUGCUCAGGUCUGCCUGCAUGCUGUCCACAGGCUGGACCAGGAGACUUUCUGAAUCUCAGGAUGGUGAGCGAGGACCAGCGGUGUGCUGGGUGGCUGGAAGUUUUCUACAAUGGAACCUGGGGCAGUGUCUGCCACAGCCCCAUGGCAGACAUCACCUUGUCCAUCAUCUGUAGACAGCUUGGCUGUGGAGACAGUGGGACCCUCAACUCUUCCAUAGUUCCCAGGGAAGGUUCUAGACUUCGGUGGGUGGAUCAAAUCCAGUGUCGGAAAACUGAUUCCUCUCUCUGGCAAUGUCCUUCUGACUCCUGGAGACGAAACUCAUGCUCUUCAAAAGAGGAAGCUUAUAUCUCGUGUGCAGGAGUGAGACCCAAGAGCUGUCCAACCGCUGCCCCCUGCACAGACAAAGAGAAGCUCCGACUGAGGGGAGGAGACACGGUGUGCUCAGGGCGAGUGGAGGUUUGGCACGAGGGCUCCUGGGGCACAGUGUGUGAUGACUCGUGGAGCCUGGCAGAGGCCGAGGUGGUGUGUCAGCAGCUGGGCUGUGGCUCUGCCCUGGAGGCCCUGCAGAAGGCGGCGUUUGGGCCUGGAAAUGGGAGCAUCUGGCUGGAUGAGGUGCAGUGCAGGGGUAGGGAAUCCUCCCUGUGGGACUGUGCUGCGGAUUCCUGGGGGCAGAACAACUGCAAACACGAGGAGGAUGCUGGAGUGCGGUGCUCUGGUGGAAGAACAAUAUUGCUGUCUACUACAGCAGGGAUCAGACCAGGCCCAAAUCUUGUCCGUGGCAUCUUCUCCCUGUCUGAGAUGCUCUGCCUCAUACUGGGGGCCCUUCUCUUCCUGGUCCUCGUCAUCCUGGUGACUCAGAUGUACAGAUGGAGAGCAAAGCACAGAGCCUUACCCGGUUUCGAAGAUGUUCUCAAUGAGGCUGUGUACGAGGAGAUUGAUUAUCUUACGACAACGAAGGAAGAUCUGCUGGGCAGCAAUGGGGCCCUGUCAGAUGACUCUGUGACUAAACUGCCAUAUUACAGUAGGGAUGGUGAGGAGAACAGUGACUUUCAAUCUGCUCCAGCUCAGAGGACUGAUGCCCCUAGUGAGGAUUAUGAUAAUGCUGAAGAGGUACCAGUGCCUGAGGCUCCUCCUGCCUCCUGGAUGAGUGAGGGGGAAGUGCCCCCAGAGGAGGAGAAUGGGAUGAGGGCCUCUCAGACAGGCUCUUCUUUACAGUUCUCUAGAGGGGUUGCUGGUCCUGGAAAAGAAGAAUCUAAUCCCUGGCUGCUCCAGGGGGAAGAAGUGAACACUGUGUAUGAUGACAUUGAACUAAAUGCCCUUGGAACAUCCACUGCGGUUUUCCCAUGACGUUGCAUUAAAAAUGAGAUAAGGCCUUGGAUAUUCUAAUUGCCUGUCUUUCAAUAGAGUAGUGCUGACUUAUAAUUGUAUUAUAUGAAAUUACUUAAAAUUAAAUAUUCUGAAUAAGGUA